CCUUUCCUGCGUUUACUGAAUAUUUUUUUUAAGUUUAAUAACACUCUGAGGCCUCUAUUUUCCUCUCUCUUUGUUCUUAGAAAUGCUAAAUGCUUGUUUAAAGGGAUGUGAACACUAAGACCUCAAAAUUCAGAGUGAACCACGAUCGUAAAUUGAGACCACGAUCCUAAAAGUCAGCUGUUUCUAUGGAAACAGUACCAGAGAAACAGAAGAGAAGAAACUCCAUUGCAAACAGGAACAUUGAAUGUUGAUACCAAAAAAAAUCAGGCUUCUUAAGUCUUGAAAUGUCUACCCCAGAAGACAGUAGAGAGGCUCAAGGUACUAGUGAGGGCAAUAAUGAAGGACAACAGCAAGAUGGCGAGCCUUCAGGUGAAAUCUCAGAAGAACCAACAGAAGUUCUCGACCAAGAUGGCGCGAGCGUUGAGAUUAGUGCAGAUUCUGCACAAGCCACUGACACGGUAAAAGAAGGCGACGAUGAAACAGAAAAAGCUGAUCAAAAAGAGGAGAAAGGCGAAGCCAUUGAUAUGAACGAUGAUCCUACAGACGUAAGUCGAACGGAAGAAAUGAAGGAAACUGCUGUUGAGGAAAAGACUGAUCAUGAAGAAGAUGGUCGCACAAUGGAGGAAACCCCUUUGUCUGUGGUUAUUUCGGAACCAGAUAAAGACGUGAAAACCCAAGAAUCGAAUGCUCAAACAGAAGGAAGGGAAUCACCUCUGGGUGAAGCGGAUGAUUCAGCUGCUAGCACUGGAAAGGUGGAUGACCAAGUUGUCGAAACUAAAUCGGAGAGUGAAUCACCUUUAGUCGCCCCACCGACUUCCAAAGCUGAUAGGUCUGUAAACAGUGAAACACCGAUGAGAGAUACCAGGGACCAGUUAGAAUCCGGAGGAAUAGCCAGGGAUGGCUUCAGUGCAAAUGUGAAGUUCAUCAUCAUGCCAGAGGGUCAUGUACAGAGCAUGUCUUGUUCAUUAAAGCAGUCCUUCUUUGAACUACGAAACCAUUUUGCAUCAGAAUUUGGGCAGCCACCAAAGGCAAUAUUGAUGAUAUUUGAUGGCAAAAUGGUGGAAGAUCACACUGUGCUGUCAGAUCUGGGUGUCCAAGUUGGGCAGACAGUGGAAGUGGAAAUUCAGUCGUCAGAUCCAGUCAAUACACCUCUACAGUACAGACAGUCACUACCAAUGUACAAAUUACCUGACAAAAUUAAGGUCAAGGUGGAAGUUGGUGGAGAGGAGGUUGAGGUUGUGGUUCACAUUGUCCAAGAGAACAGAAAAAAGCCAUUCCUGGGAGGCUACCGACACAGACUGACAGGAACAGAGUUCCACAAUGCAUCUGCACAGACUGUACCUAAGAUCCGUGUACCUUCAUCAGUUGAGAAGUUUCAUAGAGACACACAAACAUACAAAUUGAGAAACAGACUUCAGCAGACCACAAAUACAACAUCCACACAAAUGACCAAGGAUGGCUGUUAUGUAUCAAAUGUCACAGAUAAGAUACUGAUUCCUGGGAAAUAUGAAACAGCUGAUCAAUAUCACAAGGAGAUAUUGGAGAAAGUCAUUAUCCUUCAAACUUAUUGGAGAAGAUGGCUCGCUAAGAAUCAUGUCCAGAGGUUACGAGAAGAUCGCUUAAGACGUAUGGAGUGGGAAAGACAUGAGGAGCUCAGAAAACAGAAAGAAAGAGCUGAAAGAAUGAAGAGAGAAUGGGGAAGGAGAAUGAACCCCAAGACAAAAGAAGACUUUGAUCUCCUCUAUGCUCAUCUAGAAAAAUGGCGUAACGAAGAGAUGGCGUUGAUAGAUGAGUUGUACUCAGGCCCAGAGAGGAAAGCAGCUCUUGUCGGACUUUUGGAACAAGAAGCAUACCUCAUUUUCUCCAUUGACCGCCAUAAGUUGGUUGCUGAUGAAGAAAACAAAGACAAAAGGAUCAAGAACUUUUUGAAUAAGACUGCUGCCCCCAAAAAGUGGAAAGCCUUUGAUGGUAAAGUGACUGAAAUGGACACACCUUACACCAUCCGCGCUCAAGAGUUACGGGACAUAUACAGCACACUCAGCAUGAAGUACCUGACGCAAGAUGAGAGACUGGACGUACUGCUGACCCUUAAACACACAGUAAAGGAGCAUGACUGCAAACUGACACAAGAGAUUGUUGAACUGAUCGAUAGAGAAGCGGAUUUGUUGAUGCGAGGAGUCAAGGAAUCAAAUUUAGAAGGUUUACGCAAGAGAAUUUUAACCCUCUUCCUUCAGUAUUGCAAAACGCCCCUCUUCAACCCAGAGGCGGCUCGACUGAUCAAGGUUCCACAAGAUCCUGCCGUAUUACGUAAAAACAUCUACUUCUGUCCAAGCUGCAAUUCGUAUUUACCGUCCACCGAGUUCCAACUUUCGUCGAAUUCCAAGGUUGUGGGAAGGUGUAGAAAGUGCACUAAACUUGAUAACGACGCCAGGCUUAGACACGAUUUCUCACUAUAUCGUAUAAUGCUGAAAGAUCUCAGACGUUCUGAGGAAAACGUUGCAGACGGCUCCAAUAUCGCCUACCUGGUGCAGGAACCUGACCUCCGCUAUCUAGUGGAGAACAUUUGGAACGGUCAGAGCGUGUUGAGCGCUCAUGAAGAUCUGUUUGACUUGGUGCUACUUCGGUGGAACAAAUACGAGGAGUGGUCACCAUGGAACUGUAUUUUACUCACAAAGGAAGAGGCUUCUGCUCAUGCCAAACUUGAAAACGUCACUGAGAUAGUUUCUUUCGUUACUUCUUUUAUCGUUCCCAUCAUGAUUGUAGCGGUCGUGAACUUUUUAAAACUCUAG